GCAUUUUGGGAAGAAGGAAUAAUAAUGGGGAAUAAGCAGGCAAGAAUUUUAAAGAAAAGCCCAUUGGAUUGCAUACUCACUCACUGGAAAGACAUAGCGGGGAGGGGAAGCACGGAAAGCAAGAAAAUCCUGAUUAAAUAUUGUAACCAGUGGUGGCCACUUUACAAACUGGAAGAGGAGGCUAAAUGGCCACCGAAUGGGACCUUAGAAGUGGGAUGAGGUGCCCUACGCAGACAUGUUCUUUACCCUCCGGAAUCACUCGGAGUGGCAGAGGGAUUGUGGAUUAAUUCCACCACAAGACCCUUUAGUGCUUGCCCUGGAAAAGGAUUAUAAGGGAGAGAUGAAAGGGAAAUUAAAGAGGUGCUGCUCAUCAUGCAGCAUUGGACAGAGGUGUACAAGAAUGGAUAAAACUAGAAGGGCGAAAGAGCAGAGCUCGGAGGACUUAUUUAAACCCCCUCCUCAGUCCCAGGAACAAGAUGAGGACUCAGAGGAACAGUCCAUUUCUCCGGAUAGCCCAAUCUCCUCCCGGACGCGGGAAAAAGCUCCCAAAGCCCUCCAAGCACCCCUCAGAGAGGCGGUGGGACCCCAGGGCACUAUGCUGAUAAAGGUGCCAUUUUCUACCUUUGAUUUAGAGACGUGGGAAAAGAAAGCUAAAAAUUACCGAAAUGACCCUGAGAGCGUGACCAGGCAUUUUCGGCUUAUUAUAAGGCAACACAACCCUGACUGGGAGGACAUGCAGCUAUUACUGGAUCAUUUAACUGAGACUGAAAAACAGCUAGUUUUAAAGACGGCACAAAAUCUGGCAGAGGAUCACUAUAGGGCUACUGGGGGAGACUAUAAGGAGUUCCUUCCCCUACAUGAUGACCCGAAAUGGGAUCCCAAUCGGUCUGCACAUGUGGAAAGAUUACGAGCAUACCACGAGUGGGUUGCAAAGGGAAUGGAGAGGGCUAUCCCUAAAACAAUAUAUUGGUCAGCACUCUAUGAAGUCAAACAAGGUCCAUCUGAGUCCCCAUCAGAGUUCCUGGAUCGGCUGAGGGAUACAAUGCGCCGCAACACUCCCUUAGACCCGAGCUCAGAGGCAGGGAUACAACAUUUGGUUUCUCUGUUCCUAGAGCAAGCCACAGGGGAUAUUAGGAGAAAACUUCAGAAGAUACCUCCUCCUGGGGGAAGGAACUUAGAGACAUUAUUAGAGGAGGCAUGGAGAGUAUUCUGGAAUAGGGAGGAGGACUACAAGAAAGGGCAUAAGAAAAUUCUUGCAGUGAUCAAGGAAGGGGAGCAGAAAAGAUCGGAACUGCCCCCACUUAAAAGAAAUCAAUGUGCCAUAUGUAGGGAAUUUGGACAUUGGAAAAGCGAAUGUCCAGGGAGAUGGAAAAAUAAAGGGAAAGGAGGAAGCCACCGAAAGCAGCAGAUGCUAGCCAAUUUAAACAAACAAUGAUGGGGACCUGGGGAAUCUACCCUAGCGGAUCCGCUGGUUACAAUAAAGUUAGGGAAAGAACAAAAGGAAGUGGAGUUUUUAGUAGACACCAGAGCAACAUAUUCGGUUCUAAAUAUGGAUCUGAUACCCUUAGAGAAAGAUUAUGUUAUGGUAA